GGCUGGUACUAAUGUCACAAAUCCCAAAAAAUUGAAAUGAGUGCAACAACAUAUUACGAUCUCCAUCUGUCGGGACUAUUCUGUGAUGCCAUCCUCGAAGUUGAGGAUGUUCAAUUUCGAAUCCAUAGGAUCGUCCUCUAUGAUUGUAGUCUUUACUUCCAAGCUCUCUUUGAACGCUGGCCAACCAAAAACAAUGCUUUCCGCAUACCCCUUGUGUCUGCUGACAUGAUGCGGCUCAUCAUUGAGUUUGCAUACACCGGCUCCGUUGCUUUGACAGAGGACAACGUGCAGGAGUUGAUGAUCAAAGCUGAUAUGCUCAACAUAAUGGGCAUUAUACAAGCAUGCGCCGACUUUAUCAGUGAGAAACUCUGCCCACAUAACUGCACUGGCAUCUGGCAGUUCACAAAUAUCUUCCAAAUGUCUGAGCUGCGGUGCAAGGCCUUCUGCUACAUCAUCAAGCACUUUGAGGAAGUCGCUCACUGCAAAGAGUUCCUGCAGCUCUCUGCGGAAGAGCUUAGCAAAUUCAUUGGCAAAGAUGAGCUCAAUGUGAGGAUUGAAAGUUCUGUGUUUGAAGCAAUUUUGCGCUGGAUCGCCCACGUACCCAAGGAACGAGAGCAACACAUUGCUGUGCUUCUGUCUCAGGUGCGGCUGGGCCUGACAAGCGAAGAUUACAUCAAGACCAAGGUGAUCAGCAAUAGGCUGGUGAAGAACGACCCUCAGUGCAAGAAAAUAGCAGACAGUUCUCUCAAAAUUAUAUUGCACAGACUCGCACACAGAUCUGUGCCAUAUGGUUUGAGGAACACUCUUGCCCGUCCUCGUGUGCCUCAUUCAAUCAUGUUGGCCAUUGGAGGGUGGGACGUGAGCUCUCCAAUCUGCAAUAUUGAGGCCUAUGAUUUCCCUGCUGACCUCUGGAUCGGCGUCUCAGACAAGAUGGAGCAUCCUCGGGCCUAUCACGGCACAGCCUUCCUAGAUGGUCGUGUCUACUGUAUCGGUGGCUUUGACAGACUGAACUUUUUCAAUAGCGUGGACAGGUUAGACCUGGCGACACACACCUGGCAGGAGGUGGCGCCCAUGCACUACCGCCGCUGUUACGUGAGUGUAACCGUGCUGAACGGGUUCAUCUAUGCCUUUGGAGGCUCUGACGGACACGAACGACACAACACUGCAGAGCGCUACUGUCCUGAAACCAACCAGUGGACACUCAUUACACCUAUGCAUUCGCGGAGGAGUGACGCCAGCUGCACAGUACUGCAUGACAAGAUAUACAUUUGCGGUGGUUUCAGCGGGACCGUGUACCUGAACACAGCUGAAUAUUAUGAUCCAGAAACCAACCAGUGGACAAUGAUCAGCCCAAUGAGAUCCAGGCGAAGAGGACUCAGUGUUGCUGCAUAUAAUAAUCAAAUUUAUGCAGUUGGUGGCUUUGAUGGUCACAACCGUCUGUCAACUGUUGAGAGUUAUGACCCCGAGACCAACGCCUGGAACCAGCUGAACUCCAUGUUGAAUUGCCGUAGCAACUUUUGCCUCAAUGUGAUGCAAGACCAGAUAUUUGUUGUUGGGGGCUUUGACAUCUCCUCCGUCACUCAAAUGGCAGAAGUCUAUAUUCCUCACACUGAUGAUUGGUUUAACAUCUGUAAGUCAGAAAUCUCCCGCAGCGCCGCAUCUUCCUGUGUUGUGUCCGGAAUCCCCAACAUGGCUGACUACAUGGUAUCUCGAGACUUACUGCCACAUUCUGAUGUGGACGAUAGUUCAUGGGAUUCUGACUAACACUUGUGCACAAAUGGUGUGCUUUUGGGCAAUCAAUACAUUUGGCAAUCAGAAAAUUAUUAAGUAUUUAAAAAACAAAAUUCAAUAAUAACUUUAAUUGAUAAAAGAUUAAUCUGGGCACCAGCCUUCAAAGGGAGGGAAAAGAUAGCCCCUUUUAUUGAUUAAGUCUCAUGAAAUUACUGACUACAAAUUUGGAAUCCUGAUUAAUAUCU